UCUUAUUGCGCACAACGUGAAUUCAGCUUGAAAUUUUGAAUCCUGCUUUACGAAGUUUAUAGACGGUACAUCUCUCCUGCCUUACCAUCUCAAAAACAAAUUUAAGAUAUUUUCAAAGAAUUCUGUUAAAGUUAUUGGUAGCUGUUCAUUAAAGAUAUGGACCAAGGAUUACAAGAUCUUUGCAACCCGCAAGCACCACCACCAUACAGUCAGGAACAAGGAUAUUCUCAGGGCUUUGUGCAACAAGAAUACCCUCCUUCGCAAGAGUAUGGGCAGCAACUCACGCAUUACCCUUCAAGCAACGCACCAGGGUUUCCUCCAACCACCUAUCCAAGCACCAGUUUUCCUGAAGAGCAAGCUCCAUACAAGUAUUCACAGCGUUACCUGCCACUUUCGUCAAAUGUGGCCUCUAGUAACCAGACAACUGAUGUUGUUUCUCAACCUGGUAUGGCUACAGGGGCUCCGCAAGUGAUGGUUGCCCCACCAAACCACAUGGCAUUGUCUAUAAUUACUUGCUUCUGUUGUUGUUGGCCAGUCAGUCUUUUUGCCAUUAUCAAGUCAAAUGAGGUGGAUAAUGCCACAAGGCGUGGAGACCUGACUGCUGCAAAUGCCGCAUCUGCCAGAGCCAAAAAAUUGAAUAGGAUUAGCAUGAGCCUAGGUUUAUGCUUCUACAUUCUUCUUGUUGUUCUGGUCGUUAUGCGGGUCGCAAAGGAAAACGCAGCCUCCAGUAAUAGCUACUGAUUUCAAAAGGUCAAAGAAAGUGCUGAAGAAAAUUUCCUUUCUUUAGAAGUACAGUGAAUUGAAAAUGAUGGCAAAUGCUGAUACCUUUCUCAUUCUAACUCAUAACCAUGUAACAGUAUCUUAGAUUCUUCCAGGAUUCAUGAAAGAGCAAUGAGAACAGCUCAUGAUAAUAUAGAAUCAACUUUUGAACAACUUUAAUAAAGAAUAAAACAAUAGCUUCUCAUAAGAAAAAUUUACAAUAUCUUGCGAUAGAAAUUUAAAAGACAUUUAACGGUUUAAAUCAACCUUUUAUGGAUGAAAUAUUUUCCAUAAAUGAAUGCCCAUAUUACUUAAGAAACUACCAAUUCAUAACAGCUUGAGUGUGCAUAGCUGGAAAUUGUACCAACUUUAAAUAUAAAAAAGAAAAAAAUCUAAAAUGGACAAAAGAAGCACAGGUUUUAAAAUGCUUUAUUUUUGCACUACAACAAUUUCCAUACAAAAAUAUAGGCUGGAACUUUCGAUAGAGUUCCUCAAGUUGUUGUUUUGAUAGCCAUCCGGCCUCUAAGAAUUUCGAGGAGUGGGCCCUUUAUGAAGCAAAAAUUUUAAAAUUUAAGCAUAACUCUAUAGCCAUAUGAAAAAAGACCAUACCUACAUUUUAUGCCUGCAAUUUGAUUGCCAGUAAUAUUCUAGAUUAUUUGUGUUUGUAAUGUAGUAUGACAGAUAUCUCAACUAUUCGUUUGAAAUCAAAUCAAAUCAAAUCAAAUCAAAUCAAAUCAAAUCAAAUCAAAUCAAAUCAAAUCAAACCAGUAAAACAGUAAUUAAUCCAUAAUAACAACGAUUUAAACUAUAUAAAAUUGAAUUAUAAGAUGUUAUUGAAACAAACGUUGUUCUGUUAAGAAAAUUAAUAUCAUAUUGUAUGAUUUUCUCAUUCUAUUAUUGCUAGUAUAAUUUGUUAGUAUAAUUUUCUUUGAUUUAUUCAAUUUUUAGAUUUAUUCACUGUGUUGAAUUUUCAUACAUUUAUCAUGCAUUAAGCUUUUCUUCGAAAGUGAAAUUUUGAAGUCGUACGCAAAGCUUGCCUAUUCGAAACGCUGUCUUGUUAAUUUCUCUUGGCCUGCACAAAAUGAAGACCUCUCAAUAAUUUACGAUGAACCCUACAAGUUUUUAAAAAGCUAUACAUUAAAAUUUUUAUAAAAGCAACAAAAACUUCAUUUUUUAUUUCUAUAAAUGAUGCUUGAAUCCCAGGGGCAUCGAGAGGAGGGUUAGAAGGGGCAAAAUGUCCCGGCCCGUGCUUCGAUGUGGCCCAUAAAAAAGUAAACAGAUCUAUUUAUAAUGCUAAAAAGUUACUUUUUUAGCUACUCAUACGGAAUCAACGCCUGUAUUUAUCGCAGAGAAAAACUAUACCAUGUUGUCCUUGAUUCAUGGUGUUUUUUGCAUAAUUUUGCAUAAUAAGGAUUUGCAUCAAAUCCUUAAAAAACCUUUUCAACAAUUGUAGCUAAAAUGGGCGUUUCUCUAGUUCUCCGGGAACUGAAGGGCGUGGGCACAAGUUUUUUAGG